GAAGAACAAGAUGGCUGGCCCGGGACGAGGGAGACACUUUACGUAUUUCACUUAAACAAGACGUUUUAACUCGGUUAUCGUCUUGAUUCGUGUCGCUUGAGGACAUCUUUCAAAUCCGCGGAAGCCAGCUGACAAUAGAAUCAGGUGAACUGAACAUAAACGCUUCGAUAGUAGUGAAGGUUUAACUCGAAACUGGUCGAACGUUCCCCCCCCUUACUCUCAGGAAAUGAAACUUUACUCAGCUCUUACCAAUCGAAAUAGCAUUCGAAAUGUUUUGUAUUCUUGUACUUAUCCUGUUUAUUUCACCUUGGGGAAAAAAUAAAUAAUCUGGUGCAUUACUUCGUAUUUAUUCUUUGCGCAAGUUUACGAACGGGGUCUUGUCGACAUGUUUGGCCCGACACAAACGGCAUUUCACAGAGUUUGGGGGCAUGUUUGACUCUUAAUAACCUUUUGUAGAUGUUCAGUAGCAGACGAAACUUAUUCCAGUAAAACUGGACCAUGAACUCCACCCGGGUCAGAUCCCAACAACCGCAGACCCACGCUGGCGGCUUCUCUGCGGGCUCGGCAGCCCAGAGAUUUGACUCCAGCGAAGGGAUCGAGAUGGAGAACAUCCAGCAUCAGGAGCUGGAGCUCGGAGGAGUAAUAGGAGCCCCGUCCCCUCCCUCCAGGCAGGCCUGGAGCCGGGAUAACCCGGGAUUUGAACCUGAAGAUGAGAUCAUGGAGGCAGACUGGCCUCCGGCGAGCCCCGGGCGCAGGUCGGCCUCCACCGCCUCCAGCCGCAGCAGCGGUAGCAGCACCACCACCACGGGCGGAGGGAGCAGCGCCCAUAUGCACCGUGGAGGACUCUAUCCGACGCCAACAGUGGAUACGCAACAGCAAGGCAGGCAGCAGCACCGAGGCUGCAUGAAACAGAUACUCCAAAAAAUCAGAGUUCUGUGGGGCACAGAGCUGAUGGAAGACAGCGGCAGCAGUCGAGAGAGAUACCUUAGGAACAUACUGAGGGAGAUGCUCACCUACAUUAUGUUCCUCAUCACCAUAUGCAUAUUGACCUAUGGGAUGGUGAGUUCCAAUAUGUACUACUAUACCAAAGUCAUGUCUCAGCUCUUCCUGGACACACCACUCUCAGCCGGCAACCCUUCCACCUUCAGAAGCCUCUCUACUAUGGAUGACUUCUGGAAGUUUGCAGAUGGCCCCUUUCUUAAUGGCAUGUACUGGGAGGUGUGGUACAACAACAAGAGCCUACCAGAGAACCAGAGUCUUAUCUACUACGAGAACCUUCUACUUGGAGUGCCACGCCUUCGGCAGGUCAAAGUUCAGAACGAGUCCUGCUUCAUUCACAAAGACCUGAGAGAUGAGGUUCAAGACUGCUACAACAUGUACACCCCUAACAACGAAGACACUGCCUCCUUCGGGCCUGGGAAUGGAACUGCGUGGGUGCACACAUCAGAAGGUAGACUGAAUGGGAGCAGUUACUGGGGUCAGGUGUCUAAUUAUGGAGGUGGAGGCUUCUACCAAGACCUGUCCCGCACAAGAGAUGAGUCAGCCCUUCAGCUGCGGUUUCUCAAAGACCACCUGUGGAUUGACAGAGGUACCAGAGCUGUCUUCCUCGACUUCUCUGUCUACAAUAGCAACAUCAACCUCUUCUGCAUUGCCAGGUUGUUGGUAGAGUUUCCAGCCACUGGGGGAGUGGUGACCUCAUGGCAGUUCCAAACAGUACGUCUAAUACGAUACAUUUGUGGCUGGGACUACUUUGUGGGAAUGUGUGAGGUGGCGUUCUGCCUUUUUAUCCUGUACUACGUGGUGGAGGAGGUGCUGGAGAUCCGCAUCCAUCGUCUGCAUUACUUCAAGAGCCUGUGGAACUGUCUUGACGUUCUCAUUGUUGUGUUGAGUAUUGUAGCCAUUGUCAUGAACAUCACCAGAACAUCCAUGGUUAGCAGCCGCUUAAAAGGGCUGUUGGAAAACCACAGUUCUCACCCUAACUUUGAGCCAUUAGCUAAUCUCCAGGUCAAGUUCAACAAUGUUGCUGCAGUCAUCGUCUUCUUCUCCUGGGUCAAACUCUUUAAAUUCAUCAACUUCAACAAGACAAUGAGUCAGCUGUCCAGCACCAUGUCUCGCUGUGCCAAAGACCUUCUUGGUUUUGCUAUAAUGUUUUUCAUCAUCUUCCUGGCCUAUGCUCAGCUGGCCUACUUGGUGUUCGGAACCCAAGUCAAUGAUUUCAGCACUUUCCAAUCCAGCAUUUUUACUCAGUUCCGCAUCAUUCUCGGAGAUUUUGAGUUCUCAGAGAUAGAGGAGGCAAACCCAGUGCUGGGGCCUAUUUAUUUCACUACCUUCGUCUUCUUCAUCUUCUUUAUUCUCAUGAAUAUGUUCUUGGCCAUCAUCAAUGACACAUACUCUGAGGUAAAAGCAGAUAUGUCCCAGCAGAGGUCUGAGAUGGAAAUGACCGAUCUCAUUAAAAAGGGUUGUAACAAGGCCUUGAUGAAGUUGAGAUUGAAGAAGACAGCAGUAGAUGACAUCUCUGAGAGUUUGCGUCAGGCUGGGGGCAAACUGAAUUUUGAUGAACUUCGCCAGGAUCUUAAAGGAAAGGGACACACAGAUGCAGAGAUAGAAGCCAUCUUUGCCAAAUAUGAUCAUGAUGGGGACCACGAACUGACAGAGCAUGAGCACCAGCAAAUGAGAGAUGAUCUGGAGAAAGAGAGAGACUUGGAUCUGGAACGUAAUUCGCUGACUAGGCCCACUAGUGGGAGGAGCUUCCCUCGCUCUCAAGAUGACUCAGAGGAAGACGAUGAUGAGGAUAGUGGCCACAGCUCUCGUCGUCGUGGCAGCAGUUCAGGCGGGGUGUCCUAUGAGGAGUUUCAAGUGUUGGUGCGACGUGUGGACAGGAUGGAACACUCAAUAGGUAGUAUUGUGUCCAAGAUCGAUGCUGUAAUUGUGAAGCUGGAGGCUAUGGAGAGAGCCAAAAUUAAGAGGAGAGAUGUGUUGGGCAGACUGCUGGAUGGAGUGAUGGAGGAUGAGCGGCUGGGCCGAGACACAGACGUCCACCGGGAGCAAAUGGAAAGGCUGGUGAGGGAAGAGCUGGAGCGUUGGGAGUCCGAUGACACAGUCUCGCAGGUCAGCCACCCUCAGCCAACCACUCCGAUUGGGCACCGGCCCCGUCCAUCUUCCUCACUAUCCAAUGAUGGCCUUGAUUGUGGCACUAACGGGAGCGGCCAUGUGUGAAGACUUGGCCUCACCAGUUUUUCCAUUUUGGCAACAAAAAAGAAGCUUUGUAGGAAAUUUCACUCUGCUGGUAUGUUAUCUAUCAUGGAAACUCUCAAAGGGACGAUUUGAUCAGUUUUGUUAGUUGUGGGACAAACUUUGUUACAGCUAAUUGUGUUUAAUAUGUAGACAUACCUACCACUGUCAAAAAAAAAACAAAAAACAAGUGCACAACACUUUAAAUUUUGAAAUGCACUCAAAAGUGGGCGGGUGAGGUCAAUUCAAGAGGUACUGUCUUAAUAUUACACAGAAGUAAUACUUUAGUAGGAUGGUACAUUUUUUCACUCAAGCAGUAUAUAAGACACAUUUACGGAGCUUACAAUGCAAAUACCAGUACACUAAUAAUAGAUGUGUGUGAAAAAGACUGAGGCAUAAUGAAGGGUUUGCUGAAGGGAAUCCAUCAAAAGGAUUGGGGCACAGAAGAGAUGGUGUUGUUACUUCUUCAGGAUCAUUAAAGGCGCUUAGUGUAAUCCUACUUAAAUUCUGUCAGUAUUCAGCAAUCUGAAUAACGUACAAAGUGAGCAAGACAAACAAAUCCAAACUGAAUGGUGGCAGAUACACAGCACGCCAUUCUUUAAAAAAAAAAGGGGGGGGGGGCAUCAAUCAAUAACAAUUACUCAGCCGGCCUGUUUCCUGGGGUUUUGAAUGCAGACUUCUGGGGAGUGAGUUGUUUAUUUUGUUCCAAUCAUUUUCACUCAGCAUUCCUUGCUGGUAUUUACUAGUCCUAUUAUGAUAUUUACUAGUCAUAUUAUGAUGAUUACUAGUAAUGGUAUGGUAUUUACUUGUCAUAUUAUGCUUCAGGAAAGCUGGAAUAUUACACAUAGCACCUUUAUGCUUAUUUUGCCCAUUUGCAUUGAAAAUAUGUAACAUAUCGUUUAGUAUAAUUUUCCUAAAAAGAAGCUAAAUGGCUUAUGAUUGUUGUAAGCAUAUAUCCUCGUAUUUGAACAAAUACCAAAUUAAGCAUUUCUUUGAAUGUUUAUAUUGCUGCUUUUUCACAUUUUUAAUAUAGGCACAAGUGUGGAACAUUGUCAUAUUUACUCACAUUCAGUACAUCACUUUAUUUCAAAAAUAAAUACCUUAUCAUUUUAUGAUAUAUACUGUAACGUAAAACAAACUUCGAUUUGGAGUGCAUCUAGAGUUCAUGGGAAACCCAUGCAUUUAUUUUCAUGUGGGCCUACUGUGCCUCGGAACCUUUUUAUACACUAAUUUGAUUUCAGUUUUUCAUAAUAAAGUAAUACCAUUCUAA